ACGGCCAUAAAAGAUCGACCAUCUCAGGCGAAAAAAGGGAGAGAGGGGUGUGGUUGAGUAUGUGUCUUUUCGAAACGACGAGAGAAUAAGAGAGAGAGAGAGAGAGAGAGAGAGCCAGGUCUAUCUGCUUCGUUUUCUCUGCUCUCUGGUUGGUGGAGAUAAACGGUGGGGGGACUCUGGCGUAUGUAUGCACCGUUUUUUUGAAGCUUGCUGGCCCUUCUUUUUAUGGGUUUUCCUCUUGUCUCACCGGUGCUACUCGCCCGAGUUGAUUUCAGUGAACUACUGCCCUCCGUCCUGAGCAGAUCCCCGCAGAGCUCUCCAUCAGUUGAUGGUUGUUGUUGGUGUUUCACAGUGUUCCGCAUUUCAAAGUGUUUGUUUGCCUCUUCCCGAUUCCAGUGUGCCUUACUGAUGUGCUUUCUGUUCGUAGUGUUGCGCAACAUCGGUGCGCCUUUGCGCCUGUUGCGUCGCCAACCUGCGUGCGUGCCCCUCGUACUCCCGCGUGACAACUUUAAAAGCUUUUGAAACUGCACCAUUGAUUCGUGUUUUUUUGUUCAGAAGAAAUUGUUUCCAGGACUUUUUUUGAUCAGUUCGUCGCCAUCGCACAGACAUUUUAACCCCUUGGCUUUUUCUUUGAUGUUCGCUCGAUUGAUUUUCGUCUAGUUUGCGUGAUUUGAAAUCUCGUCAGUUGACUUCGACAGGUUUUUUGUUUAGUUUUUAGGACGGGACGUACGGACUUGAAUAGGGAAAUUCAAGUUCGGUGACACAAUCGCGGUUGUCGUCGUCGUCGUUGCCGUGCCCGCCGGCUUCGUGUCAUAAAGAUGGCGCCUGUGAUGAUGAGACGACUGCCAUGGCUGUGUUGGUUAGCGCUCUGGGUGACGACCGCGAAAGUGACGAGCGCGACGGGAGUUACUCAAUCAAACGCUGAAGGUGGCAAUGGCAACAGCAGCAGCCUCAGCCCGGCCGACUGGUCCUGUCCGCUGGAAAAAUGGUCGCUAGAGGAGCGCCAAAAUCGGUCGCAGGUGGUGUUCACGGCCGUGAUUGAAUCGUGCCAAACGAGCGAGUCUGGCAGCAUCGACGGUGAAACUGUCGAAGACGAUCAAGAGAUCUGUCUGCGCUAUUUGAUGCAGCAGUCACAAGACCAGCCGAUUGUAGGCGAUCCCAAUCUGGCGAUUAACGUCCGAAUCAAAAAAGUCGUCAAGGGACUUGAUCGGAUGUGGGAAGGACGUCGGGUGCGGGUCGAAGGUCUAAGGGACCCUCGCAUCUGUCCCAGCCGCGUCCGGCUCCGUGACACGCGCAUUUUCCUGGCGAGUUACGUCAAUCAGCCCGUGUCAUCCACGAUCCACGAUGACGAUGAAACGCUGGCUCCCGUCCACCAUCAGCCGCCGAUCGAUUCAGCUGCGCCCAUCCGACUACGACUCAACUCUAGUUUGAUGUCCGUCAGUCUGCGUCACUUGCAGCAGCUACGGGCAUUCACCAAAGAUGUUCCAUUCGACAGUCGAGCUGCUUCUGCUGCAUCUUCGGUUACUGUGCUUGAUGACAAACCGGACCCUUGCGCCGACCUCAAGUGCCCACCAGGAGCCAAAUGCAUUGCUACCCCUGACGCCAGUUCAGCCACCUGCCAGUGCCCAACCAAGUGCUCGAGCUAUGGCGACAGUGUCGGUUCGCGGCCCAUCUGCGGUGUCGAUGGCAAAGAUUACGCCAACAUGUGUGAACUGCACAAGAGUUCCUGCUUGGCAAACCGGAUGAUUGCCGUCAAAUUUCAAGGAUCUUGCGAUCCGUGCGCUUCGGUGGAAUGCUUGUCGCCUUCCGUUUGCGUUUUGGAUUCGGAAAGAAAACCUCAUUGCCGAUGCGGCGAUACGUGUCCGUCGGAUUUCCAGCCUGUAUGCGGAUCAGACGGAAGGAGUUAUAGCUCGCAAUGUCACCUGCAACAAGAAGCAUGCCGGUCUCAACGACACUUGCGCAUCCUUUACAAGGGCCUCUGUGAAUCGGGUGUGCACCCAUGCAGUAAGGCCGGUUGCGAACCUGACGAAGAAUGCCAAGUCGACGAGAAAGGAAUGCCUCAAUGCCUGUGCAAGGGACCUUGCCCGCCCAUCCAUCGGCCCGUGUGCGGUUCGGAUCAGCUGACGUAUUCAUCCAACUGCGAGCUCGAGCGCGAAUCCUGUUUGCAGAAGCGAAGCAUCAAGUUGCUGUACGAAGGAGUAUGUGGUUCUUCAGAGGCGUGCAGCAAUUUCCAGUGCCCAACGGGCGGAUAUUGCGUCGAAACUGCAUCGGGUCAGCCGAGUUGCCACUGUCCGCUAUGCGGCGGCGAGUGGGAUCCCGUUUGUGGCACGGACGGUGUUACCUACACGAACCCGUGCCGUCUGCGAUACGAGUCCUGUCGUCACAACAAGAGCCUCUCUAUUGUCUACAAGGGCCUUUGCAAUUUGAUUGACGACACGAAACAAGCAGACGGCUGCGAUAAGAAGAGAUGCGAUUUCUACGCCACUUGCGAAACGGACGAAAUGGGCCGAGCCGAGUGUGUCUGUCCCAAAGCUUGCGCCAAGAUGGCCAUUACCGAAGUCUGUGGCACAGACGGCAUCACUUACCGUAAUGAGUGCGAGUUAAAGCAGGCCGCUUGCCGUAAUCAACAGUUCAUCGUCGUGGCUUCGAAAGGCGACUGUGAUUUGUGUAAUAGAGUUCACUGCGAACACAAUGCCCGAUGCGAGGACGGAAUCUGCGUGUGUCCAACCAACUGCCCUUCCCCUAUUGAACCAUCGGACCCGCAGAGUGUCGGUGACGUGGGAAUUUGCGCCAGCGAUGGUCGUACCUACCUAACAGAGUGCCAUAUGCAGCGUGCUGCAUGCGAUCAUGGGCUAGUGCUGCAGGUACUUCACACGGGACCUUGCCCGACUCCUCCGGCUGAUCUAAUUUUGGCCGCUUCAGACUAUCACGAUUCGUCUACAUCCCUUUCGAAUCCCCCUCACCAUUCAGUUGCUCGAAAAUGCCACUGCAACAAGCAAGGGUCUUUGGAUGGAGCUUGCGACCCAGUCACGUUGCAGUGCCGCUGUCUGGCUGGAGUGGGCGGCAGGAGUUGCGAUCGAUGUCUUUCGGGGUACUGGGGCAUCCACUCUAUUGGAACAAAUGCCAACGGUUGCGAACCUUGCGAUUGUCAUCGACUGGGAUCGAUUCGUGCCGACUGCGAACAAAUGACAGGGCGCUGCGUCUGUCGAGCAAAUGUCGUUGGCCUUAAAUGCGAUCGUUGUCAGGACGGACAGUUGGUGGACAAAGUGCCAGGAGGGUGCGGCGGCUACGGUGGAAACGGCGGAACAGGGAGCGGACCCGACGACGCGCUUGAAAGUGAAUCACGUCACUGCUCUGAUCUGACUUGCCGUUUUGGUGCCAUCUGCCAAGACUUGCAGGGUCAGGCAGUUUGCGUGUGUCCCAUGGACUGUCCAGUGGCCAGUAGCGCCGAGCAGACAGUUUGCGGAUCGGACGGCGUUAGUUACGGAUCGGAGUGCGACCUUCGAUUGGCUGCUUGCCGCAAACAACUCAACGUUGUCAUGGCUUAUGAAGGCCCUUGCUCUGACGAUAUUAUUCAUACUUCGGCUGGCAUUUCGCCGCUUAUGGCUGCCGAGUCGGAAAUGGCUGUUUCGAAGGCAACUCGCCAUGUGCAAGAGACGGACGUGGCCCUACUCGAUUGGGGGCGUCGUGACAUCGUUUCUCUCAGUCAAGUCGGCUCGCAAAAGGCUAAUGAGUACUACGGUUUUUCGCAGCCGGUCUGGAGGCCCACGGCAGCUAGCGUCCACGUCCAUGGGUAUCUGGGGGAAACUUGCAUCGACGAUAGUCAGUGUAAGUUGAUAUCAAAUAGUGGCUGCUUAUUUGGAGUCUGCAAGUGUUCGGAUGGAUUUGCCGAAGAUUCGAAUAGCAAAUCUUGCGUCGCUAACGUCGCAACAGUUUCCGGAAUGGAAGAAUUUGGACCGGCCAAAAUAUCUUCCUGCUCUUCGUUUCCUUGUUUGGGUGGCGGAACCUGCCAACCAUUGGGCAUGGAAUCUUUUGUCUGUGUUUGUCCAGCUGAAAGAACGGGAUCGCUUUGUGAGCGCGCCCUUUCUCAAUCAGACGAAGAAAUUGUUCCAGCUGAGACACCUGCCUUUCAUGGUCAAUCAUUCGUCGAGCUGAAGAAAAUGAAAGCCCAAGACAAGUUCGCAAUGGAAAUCGAGUUUAAGAGUCUGUUGACGGAUGGUAUCCUGUUGUACGCGCAGCAGAGGAAAGAUUUUGACGCUGACUACAUCUCGCUGGCAAUCAUAGCGGGGCACGUAGAAUUACGUUUCAAUCUCGGUAAUGGACCAAUCGUACUUCGCUCCCUGCAACCGAUUCGGCUGGGUCAUUGGCAUCGUGUUGUGGCACAGCGCUACCGACAAGACGGUUGGCUUCGCUUGGACGAUGACGAAGAUGUUGCUACCACGUCACCCGGAGAACAUUCUACUCUUGACUUAGAUACCAACUCCUUUCUCGGAGCCGUACCUUCUCAUCUGGCCACAGCCAGAACUUAUGAUCGCAUUGGGACGGGCUCAGGAUUCGUGGGCUGUAUGCGUCGAGUAAAACUUGGUCGUCGCUCGGUGAUUUUCCGUGUUCCUCCAGAAGGACGAAAAGUGUCUCGACGAGGUCGACAGUUUGACGAAAACAAACGACGGGGAAACGCGAUUGACGGUAUAAACAAGUCAACCGUAUCGACCGUGGUAAAAAUGAAUGGCAUAACACAAUGCGGCGAGAAUCCUUGCUGGAAAACACCAUGCGCCAACCAGGGCACUUGUGUAUGGAAGACUGGCGAAAAUUACACUUGCGUGUGCCGGCCGGAAUUCACAGGAUUAACGUGCGAAAGUGCUCUUGACCUCUGCGCUAGCUCUCCUUGCGGCGACGGCUCUACUUGCGUCAGUUCAAAGAAUCGUUUUACUUGCAAAUGCCCUCCCGGAAAGAAAGGAUUUCUCUGCGAUCAGCAUGACGGAAUGAAACAUGAGAUUCUUGUUCCAGAAUUUAAUAUCGUGCAUUCACCGACGUCAGCUUCCAGUUACGUUUCAGUAGCGCGUUCCUUUCAAGUCAGUCAGAACUUAGACUUGGAGGUUUGGUUCCUCAGUCGCUCAUCUGAUGGAAUGCUUGCCUAUUCGGCACGUGAUGAAAACGGCCGUGGAGACUUCAUCUGGCUAGCGCUGAUUGGCGGCCGCGUACAAUUCCGUUGGGAUCUAGGCAGCGGGGCCGGCAUUGUCACUUCCUCUGAACGGGUCACUUUGUUCAAUUGGCACCGAGUUUUAGUAAGCAGGCGCGGUAAAGAAGCCAGUAUCCGUUUAGAUGAUGGUGCUACGAGUGAAGGACGUUCUUUAGGACCUCUUUCCGAGUUGAACUUAGAUAUUCCUCUAUUUAUUGGAGGACUAAGACCUAAUUUAACGUUGCCUCGUGACGUACCAAAGUUGGAAAACUUGCAAGGGGCCGUUCAGAGAGUUAUUGUUAAUGGCGAGGUUUUUGAAAAAUUGAUGGAGAGUGAAAUGGAACAGCAUAAUGUGGCCGUCUACAGAGGCCCACCAUGCGGUCACAUGCCCGCCACUCACCCAUCGUCGUCCCGGAUCUUCGCUUAUCCUACCAGCGGUAAAGAUUCAUCGUCACCCUGUCAAAAUGGUGGCGUAUGUCAACCACUUUUGGCUAGUUUCGUUUGCAAAUGUCAGUCGGGAUUUCUCGGAAAACGAUGCGAAAAACGCACUGACACCGCGGAAAUUACACGCCCGAUCAAGUUUGAUGGGAAAACUUUUUUGAAAUAUCCCAAUCAAUUGAAAGAUGUAACUCUGGAUUUCUCUCAUUUUUCUUGGCUAACAACGCAAAACUUGUGGAUGACUAACAAUUCUUCUGAUGAGCUCUCAGAGUAUACUAACAAUGCUAACACUACUCUCGAAGGCUUAGAUGAUGUCAUUUAUGAUGUGCACUAUGUUUAUACUAAUGAGAGUGGCAAGAGUCAGCGGUCCAACAAGUUUGAGUUACGUUUCCGAACGGAAGCAGAAAAUGGACUGAUUCUGUGGUUGAGUCGGGGCCAUUCGCUACAAGCCGACUAUUUUGCCUUAGCUAUUGUUCAUUCGCGAUUGGAGCUCAGUUUUAAUUUGGGAAAACAAUCUUCGUUUCUCUCCGCCAGAUCAAUGGUGAAUGUAAGUGACGGUCAUUGGCAUACGGUUGUCGUCGAACGUAAGAAACGUUUAGGAAGCAUCGCUGUAGACGGAGAAAAACCUAUUCGUGUUACGGCUGAUCCUGGCGCCACUAUCCUCAACAGCAACGGGAAACUUUGGAUUGGUGGCAGCUCAAUACUCCCUCCCGGCUUGCCUUCCCCGUACUAUGAAGCUUUUGUUGGAUGCAUGGAUCAUGCCAAAGUUGAUCGACAAAAUUUAGACUGGCAUCGGCACGGAGAUAACGCAAUUCUUCACUAUUGUGGGGAUACUUGAGUUCUUGAGAAAUCCCUAGGGAAAUAAGGGGAGGCAACUCGGAACAUAUUUUUAUAUGUUUAGCGGAUGACAGCGCUAUCGACAACAAACUAACUCAAUGCUGUUUAAAAAAUAUGUCUCACUUUCCCUAUCUUUUUUUGGUUGUACAGUGUACAGCAUGACGUUUCUUACAUCAGCCAAAGUGUUAUAAAACGAUGUUCUUAUGUGAACAAACAAAUUAAGUGUAAGUGACUGUGUGCAUUGACUACAUUUAACGGAACGUUCUUUAAUCAUAUGCCUCAACAAAAUUUUCCGAUGCCAUUUUGGCAAUACUAAUUCGUAGAAAUAAACGUAAUUUUGAUAUUUAAAA